AUGGUUGCGAAAUUGAAUCUUGCCGCCACUCUUGCGGUCCUCCUCUCGGCUGCCUCCGCGCAGUAUUUCCAGAGGCUUGGAACUUGCCCGACUCUUGGCUGCAUCCUUCCCCCGGACCAGCAGGACUUCUUGCCUGGCCAGCAGUUCGACAUUCGUUUCGAGGUGCAUGCCCCAGUGAAUGGAUCAGAGGCCUUCAAUGACGGCAAGCCAGACGAGGCUUUCACUGUGACAAUCGCGAAAGGCGAUGAGCCAGCCAAGAGCAUUGCCGAGUUCUUUGACCACGAGGAGCCGGAAUUGGAGAAGUGGAAGUUCUCCUGGUACGAGGAUCUUUUCGCGCAAGAUGCGAAGAAUGCUACCAUUGUCAAUGUUGCUUCCAAGGCGUAUCGUCGCGUUGCUCUGUACGAGCCUGGUGACUACACCGUUACUCUCAACUACUACGAUGGCAAGCAGACUGUUGCCAAUUGGGUUGUGCGACCCAUCGCCUCUGCUAAGAGGGCUAAGAAUGUCAUCUUCUUCAUUGGUGAUGGCAUGACUACGAACAUGAUCACUGCAGCUCGUGUCCUUGGACACAAGUCUGUCAAUGGAAAGUAUGAGAGCCUGCUUGCACUCGACAAAUUCCCUGUUGUUGGGCACCAGAUGACCUCUUCAAUUGAUUCCAUCAUCACGGACAGCGCCAACUCUGCCUCCGCCUUGUACUCUGGUCAUAAGAGCACCGUGAACGCAAUGGGUGUCUAUGCGGACUCGUCCCCUGACCUGUUUGAUGACCCGAAGGUCGAGACUGUUGUGGAGUUACUCAAGCGAAUCUGGGGCUCUGCUUGGGGCGCUGUCUCCACUGCCUUUAUUGCGGACGCUACCCCUAUUGCUCUGACCUCCCAUACCCGUUCCCGUUACGCAUAUGGUCCCCUUAUCGAUCAGGCGCUGAACGGCCUGUCCAACUACUCCUGGACUAACCACGGCGGUCCCGAUGCGUACUUUGGGGGUGGUGCUGAACAGUUCCUGCCUGGAUCCGCCUCAUAUCUCGGCAAGGACUACUACGCCGAGUUCGCCAACAAGGGCUACACCGUCAGCUUGAACAAGACAUCUCUCCUCGCUAGCCCAAACAAAGACAGAGCUCUGGGUAUCUUCUGCAAGUCCAACUUGCCUGUCUGGCUGGACCGCAAUGUAUACACGGACAACCUGAACAAGUCUACCAAUGACCCGUCCGGUGCCAAGUCCCCAGCCCUCGACCUGCCAGGCCUGAAGGAAAUGACUCUCAAAGCAAUUGACGUUCUGCACACCCGUGGAGGUAGCAAGGGUUUCUUCCUUAUGUCAGAAGCCGCUUCUAUCGACAAGCAGAUGCACGUACUUGACUAUGAUCGCGCCCUAGGUGAUCUUCUCGAGCUCGAUGACACUGUCUCUGCUACUAUCGCCAAGCUUAAGGAGCUUGGUAUUUACGAGGACACUCUCAUUGUUGUCUCUGCUGAUCACGGCCACGGCUUUGACGUGUUCGGAUCCUCCGAUACCAAGUACAUGGCUGCACAGAGCGACGACAGAGCCAAGCGUAACGCUAUUGGUGUCUACCAGAACUCUGGCUUGUCCCAGUACACCGUCGAGGUCCCCGGCGUCUCAUACGGCACCGGCCCCACCUUCCCGGUCAACUGGGACCCGCGCUAUGUCAUCGCUGCCGGGCUCGGCGCCAACCCCGAUCAUCGGGAGAACUAUGCGGUCGAUAAGGACGGCUCUCGCGUGCCGGCGACCAACAUCACCGGCUUCGCUAGCAACGACUACUUCGUUAACCCCAAGGACAAUCCGGACGGUUUCAUCGUCAACGGCACGCUCCCCACAUUCGAGAGCCAGGGAGUCCACUCGCUGACCGAUGUGCCCGUGUAUGCGCUGGGCCCAUGUGAGGAGACCUUCAGCGGCACAUACUCCAACAUUGACGUCUUCUACAAGAUCGCCAACUGUCUGGGUCUGGCGCAGCCGACCAACAAGACCGUCAGCUGCACUAAAUAG